AUGGCAGCAGUAACCCAUCAAGGUGCUCCUUAUCAUCAGUUAGUAGAGGAGCAAAGAGCCUAUUAUUUUUCGGGGAUUACUGCUAAACUGGAACACCGUCGGAAGCAGCUUUUAAAUCUUAAGCAGCUUCUGACUGAGGAGGGUGAUGUUCUUACCAAAGCUGUGUACAACGAUCUUAAACGAUCACCAAAACUAACACAUAGCAUGGAACUAAGUCCAGUUUUCGUCGAGAUCGAUUAUAUGGUGGAUAAUUUAAAGCAAUGGAGUUCACCUGAACCAGUCAGAAAAACUUUCUUGUCUCUUCUAGACACCGUAGCUAUUGUCAAGGAGCCACUGGGUGUGGUCCUUAUCAUUGCUCCAUGGAACUAUCCGUUAUGCCUUGUUUUAUUACCUUUAGUUGCAGCAAUGGCUGCCGGUAACACGGUGAUAGUGAAACCAUCGGAAUAUGCACCUUUUACGUCUGCAGCAUUACAUGAUCUUUUUUCACACUUUUUUGAUUCGAGGUUUUUGGCGGUAGUGAAUGGUGGGGUUGCUCAAACAACGGAUCUGUUGAAGGAGAAGUUUGAUCAUAUCUUAUACACCGGAAAUUCACUUGUUGCUAAGAUUAUUAUGACGGCGGCUGCGCAGCAUCUUACACCAGUUACACUUGAACUGGGUGGAAAAAGCCCAGUAAUCGUCGAAAGUGAUACAAAUCUGGAAGUAAGCUCUCGACGUAUUGUUUGGGGAAAGUGGACUAAUUGUGGACAAACCUGUAUUGCACCGGAUUAUGUUCUUGUUACGGAAACAUUAAAAACAACACUAGUGAAUGAAUUCAUCCAACGACUAAAAGAAUUUUACAGCACGGAGCCUGAAAAAAGCGAAGAUUACAGCCGUAUCAUCAAUGAGAAACACUUUGAUAGACUAUCCAGUUUGCUUUCACGUAGCAGUGGACAAAUUUUGUACAAAGGUGGCGAACUCAACCGCAGUGACUUGUUUAUUCCUCCAAUCAUAAUUGCUGUAUCUGCAAAUGAUGUGCUGAUGGAAAACGAAAUAUUUGGUCCCAUCUUGCCGAUUGUUACUACCAGUGGUUUCGAUGAAGCAGUCAGCUUUAUUCGAUCACGAGAAAAGCCACUUGCUGUAUAUCUUUUUACCGGAUCUGAAAAGAAAGUGCAACAGUUAUAUGCAGAAACGUCAAGUGGUUCUGUGACUGUCAAUGAUGUUACAUUUCAAUUUAUCAUUGAUACGCUUCCAUUUGGCGGUGUAGGCCAAAGUGGUAUGGGCAGAUAUCGUGGCAAAUUUGGUUUCGAUACAUUUACUAACCAUAAAGCAUUGCUGAUAAGGGGUUUCUUUGCUGAUGCUUUGUUUGCCAUGCGAUAUCCGCCAUUUACCGACAAAAAAUUUAAAUACCUGAAACUGCUAAUAGAACGAAGACGUCCAUUACCCAGUUCAUUUCCGGGUUGGCUUAUUCGUAUUUCGUUCCUCGUUGCCGGGGUUAUCUUUGGUUUUGUGUUACAGCGCCACGGAAUUUCCAGUAUAAACGAUGGAUCCCCGUAA